CAAACAUUGAUUUUCUUUCAGCCUCGUUAACUUUCACAUUGUUACUACUUUAUCUACCUAUAUCAAAGAAACUUGCCGAACAAUUGCGACCCACGAAAAGAAGUAUCACUCAAUUGAACCCAGAUAUUCGACAGGCUACCACAAGAAGAUUACUAGCUAUAAUUUCCAGAUAUAUACACAUACGAAUAAGACGGUAAAGCUUCAAAGCAAAAAACACCCACCCGCUUACCCAAAAUGAGGCUCACGGCCGAGCUUCUUCAGAACUCUCCCUCCUGGCUCAACGCGCUCAAGGAGCGUGAGCUCGAGCUACGAGGACAUCGUAUCCCCACCAUUGAGAACUUGGGUGUUGCAGGUCCGCAAGAUUCCAUAGACUUCGUCGACAAUGACAUCCAAGUCCUCGGAAACUUUCCUCUAUCUCCCCGAAUACGAUCCCUUCUCCUCCAGCGCAACCGCAUCGCUGCCAUACAGCCCACACUCGCCAACUCUAUCCCGAAUCUUACUACUCUCCAGCUCGAGUCCAACAACUUGACCGAGCUGGCUGAUUUAGAUCCCUUGGGUUCCUUUCCAUUCCUGACGCACCUCGUGCUGCGCGAUAACCCCGUGACGAAGAAAGAGCACUACCGCUACUGGGUCCUCUGGCGCUGCCCCUCGGUCCGGCUCCUAGACUUCCAAAAGGUCAAGCACGCCGAGCGCGUGCAAGCCGCGACGCUGUUCGGCACCGCUGCCGAGCCGACCGAGCUCGCCUCCAAGAUCAUGGGCGUCAAGUCCAAGACCUUCGACGCCUCGCUGGCCAGCAACGGCGACGGCCUCGCCUCCGGCGGCCUGCCCACCCGCAUGUCCCGCAUAAAGCUCACCGACAAGGAGAAGACGCGCCUCCAGGACCUCAUCAAGAAGGCCACGAGCCUGGACGAGAUCACCAGACUCGAGUCCAUGCUGAGGGAGGGGAGGAUGCCGGCCGGUGUGCAUUUGCCGGAUGAGAUGGAUGAAUAAGAGGAUAUGGAUGUAAUUAUUGUUGUUGUCAACGGUUAUAAUAAUAAUAAUGAGUUACUUCCUGAGAAAAGAAUGGAGAAUACUGAUGUGAUGACCGAGGUAGCUAGGUGGUAGUGGUGGUAGUGUUGCUACUGUUGAUAAGUGGUAUACGGCAUUUUCAUUGUGGCUACGGAGGCGUAUAAAAUCAUUGUACAU